AUGUUAUUCAACGGCAAGUGGAACGGUCUGAUCGCGGACCUGGUGAACCGCAAGACGGACAUGGUGAUGACGUCUCUGAUGAUAAACUCGGAGCGUGAGAACGCCGUGGACUUCACGGUUCCCUUCAUGGAGACGGGCAUCGCCAUCCUGGUCGCCAAGAGGACUGGCAUCAUCUCGCCUACCGCUUUUCUGGAGCCUUUCGACACGGCGUCGUGGAUGCUGGUGGGCGCCGUGGCGAUCCAGGCGGCAACCUUCACCAUUUUCCUCUUCGAGUGGCUCAGCCCUUCCGGCUUCGACAUGAAGCAGCAAGCGGCGCCGGCGCCCAACCACCGCUUCUCGCUGUUCCGCACCUACUGGCUGGUGUGGGCUGUGCUCUUCCAGGCCGCCGUCCAUGUCGACUCGCCACGGGGAUUCACCGCACGGUUCAUGACAAACGUGUGGGCGAUGUUCGCCGUGGUGUUCCUCGCUAUCUACACUGCCAACCUGGCGGCCUUCAUGAUCACCAGAGAGGAGUUCCACGAGUUCUCCGGCAUCGAUGACCACAGGCUAGCGAAACCUUUUAGCCACAAACCCAUGUUCAAGUUCGGAACGAUCCCAUGGAGCCACACAGACUCAACACUUCACAAGUAUUUCAAAGAAAUGCAUGCCUACAUGAAGAAUUUCAACCGGUCAACGGUUGCAGAGGGCAUCGAGAGCGUUUUAAGUGGCGAGCUGGACGCCUUCAUCUACGAUGGGACGGUGCUGGACUACCUGGUUGCGCAGGACGAAGACUGCCGCCUGCUCACCGUCGGCUCCUGGUACGCCAUGACGGGCUAUGGCCUCGCCUUCACACGCAACUCCAAAUACGUACAGAUGUUCAACAAGAGGCUACUCGACUUCAGAGAAAAUGGGGACCUGGAGCGCCUGCGACGUUACUGGAUGACGGGCACGUGCAAGCCCGGUAAGCAGGAGCACAAGUCGAGUGACCCGCUGGCGCUGGAGCAGUUCCUGUCGGCGUUCCUGCUGCUCAUGUCGGGCAUCCUGCUGGCCGCCGUGCUGCUGCUGCUCGAGCACCUCUACUUCAAGUACGUGCGCAAGCACCUCGCCAAGACCGACCGCGGCGGCUGCUGCGCCCUCAUCAGCCUCAGUAUGGGCAAAUCAUUGACCUUCCGCGGAGCAGUCUAUGAAGCACAGGACCUGCUAAGACAUCAUCGCUGUUCAGAUCCGCUCUGUGACACGCACCUCUGGAAGGUCAAACACGAGCUCGACUUAGCCCGUCUAAAGAUCAGGCAACUGCAAAAGGAGCUGGAAUCCAGAGGGAUCAAACCCAGUCAAAGAAAGAAGAAACGAGGCAGAAGCUGGGCAUCCUGUUUGAAUUGCAACGAGCUGCCUGCAGAUCGUCAAAUUAUGGACAGUACUGAUGUCCUGAAACACCGUGACAUGACAAGAAAUCAUAUUACUUCCACAGAGUAUUCUGGUCGCUUUGAUGGCAGUAACCAGUUGUUCAGGCCAUGCAGAACAGAAAUAGCAGAAAUGGAAACAGUACUGUGAUUCAUGUGCUAAUUGGUGUGUUGGCUGGUCCAAUAUAUUUUCUCAUAGCAACAGUAAAGUAUUCCCAAACCAACGAAAUGAAAUUUGUGAGAUAAAUCUAAAGCUGAUAAAGACAAGCUGACUUUGUACACAUAACACUUCAUGAAAGGUGUAAAUAUUUUAGUGGAAAAAAGAAACAGAGCAGCAGCAAAAAUACAUUAUGUAGAAAAUCAAGAAAAGGGUUUUCAGUUCAAAAAAAACAUGUGCUACCUAAUAUUGGGCAGUGUAUGGUAAUGAAUAAAAUGUAUGUACUAAAGGGCGUAAACAUAACAUAUUUUUUGUGAACCUGUGCAUUUGCAAGUGUGAGUGUGUGCAUAUGUGUGUGUGUGUGUGUGUGUGUGUGUGUGUGUGU